UUUUGUCCCUUCCCGGAUCCCCUAACAGUAUCUUCCGGUAUAGGUGAAACACAGUUGAAGUGAGCUAGCGGUUUGUGAAGGUCGUGAGUCCUCCUUGUGAUCCACCAUGUCUCUUCCAAAGCCAUUGAUGAGGGGGAUGCUGGCAAAGCGUCUGAGGUUUCACUUGCCCAUUGCUUUCACUUUGGCUAUAGCUUCUGCGAUAGCCUUCAAGAGCCCAGGAAGCAGGCCUAUGCUGAAUUCUACAAGCAUUAUGACGCAGUUAAAGAGUUCAACUCCAUGAGGGAAGCGGGCAUCUUUGAGAGUGUGCGGCCCUCCGGGGACUCUGCUGUCCUGUCAUUCAUUCCUGGUCCAAAGAUGGUUCCUUCUCCCCACUUUUGAUGUUUACUGAUGAGAUGUGAACAUCACUGUGCUGUUUUUUCCUCUGAAUAAAAUAAACUAUUCUAUUAAUGAG